ACCAAACCCUAUACCCUAAAAGUAACCUCAAGAACACCAUUAGACUACGCCUCACCCACCACCACUUCGUCCCCUUCCUUCCCCAUGCCUUACCUCAGUGGAUCAGCUGCGGCGGCGGGUGCUGGUCUGUGCCCUUUAGCCAUUGGUACACAGACCACCGGAUCUAUAAAUAGACCGGCUGCCUUCUGUGGAGUCGUGGGCUACAAGCCCAGCUAUGCGCGCAUACCGCGCGAUGCCGUAUUGGCACAUGCGCACUCAUUGGACCAUGUGGGAUUAUUUGCCACCGAUCUGAGCGGAAUCCAGUUGAUGGCGCCUGUGGUAGUGUCGCAAUGGAGUUCGCAACUCACACCAACAUCACUCAGAAAAACCGCAGCACCAGUACUGGGCAUACCCACAGGUGCGUACUUGGACCAAGCAGAUGAUCAAGCACGCAGCCAGUUUGAACGAGACUGUGGCAGAUUGGAACGAGCCGGAUUUAUCUUGAAGAAGAUUGGAAUGUUUCCCAGCUACUCUGACAUCGCACUGCGUCAUCAUACGCUAAUGAAUGCGGAGUUCGCCUCUGAGCACGCGGAGUUGUACCCUCCUUACAGCCACCUCUACCACCCGCACACAGCAGAUAUUAUACUGGCGGGCUGGGAUGUAUCUGAAAGCGUUCGUCAGGAGAUUCGCAACGCUCGGCUGCAGAUGAGAGCGGCAGUUGAGCUUAUCAUGGAUACUGAGUCUAUAGACGCGUGGAUUACUCCCGGGUGA